AUGCGUGUUGCGGCGAGUGAGUUAUGUCGUGAAGAACAUGAAUAUAUGCUUAAAUUCUUACUCGUUGGUGAUUCGGAUGUUGGCAAAGACGAAAUAGCGGACCUUUUAGGGCCAUCUGUCUCGUACACUCCAGAUGCUCUCUUCAUACCAUUUGCGGUUCCUAAGACGACAACAAUACUAUUGGAAGGAAAGUUCGUGCGGUUACAGUUAUGGAAUGCAUCAGGGCAAGGACGAUUUUCGACCAUUAUCAAAUCGUAUUCACGGGGAGUUCAAGGCAUUUUAUUGGUUUAUGACAUUACGAAUAGAUGGUCUUUUGAUGGUAUACGUCGAUGGCUUGCGGAAAUUGAUGAGCAUGCACCUGGUGUCCCGAGAAUUUUAAUUGGCAAUAGACUUCACUUAGAGUUCAACCGAGCCGUUCCACGCCGUGAAGCAGAAUAUUUUGCUCGAAAGAGGAAUAUGCAGUAUUUCGAGAUCUCAACAUUAGCGUAUUUUAAUGUACAUGAAAGUAUCACGGAACUAGCACGUUUGGUUAUUUCGAGAAACGGGAUGCAUUGGUUGUGGAAGAGUUCUCAAGUUGCUUCUUUGCAAGAUCUCUGUUGUCGAACUAUCGUAAAGAAUAUUUCAAAUGUACAUGCUGUUGAUCGAUUACUCCUUCCUUCAUUUCUCCAGUUAAAAGUAAGAUCGUUCGCUUCUGGUGCGGAUUUGUGUAUGCGCAGUAUUAUUAGACGUGAAUAUGCUACUCCAUAUUUCAGUACAGCAAGUAAAUACAUUACACGUUUUGUACGAGCACGAAAUAUGAACACAAAAGAUCAAUUGCGAAACGCGAACUGCGAUUUAAUGUGA